UCAACAGAAUCAAAAUGGCGGCGUACUGCGAUGGUAUUUAUUAUUAGAUUAAUUGUUGCUGGCUUUAAGCAAUUUGGACUGCUGACAUCGCCGAGUAAUAACGCAGUUCGUAAAAUAGUGCUCACGGCUGAUUAAGGAUGACAAAGUCACAAAUAUGAUGAUCACCUCUAACUGACUACACAAUAUGGACACAGCAAUAAUUGACGACUAGACAUUGAGCCGCCGGCGUCAGAUCGACACGAUGGACAAUCUGUCGGAUUCAUUCCGAGGGGAGUUGGAUUCGGUGACCUCGACGGACUCGCUGCAAUUGAUCACAGAUGAAUUCCAUCUGCGACACCUGUCCACGCCCGAUGUCUCCAACAUCGAGCUGUCGAAGCGCGCGGCUCUGCUGGAACUGGAGAACGAGCGGCUGCGCGUCGACUUGGAAAACGCGCGGAUCGAUCUAAACGCCCGGAUCGCCGCGAAUCAGGGUCUCAAGGGCAAGGUAACCGAGCUGUUCGUCGAGAUGCAAACGGUGCUGCAGGACAAGCAGAGGCUACAAAAUACGCUGACCGAUACCAAUAAUCGACUGUCCGCCGCGGAGGCAUCCGCGAAGUGGUACCAAUCGCAGGUGCACAUCCUGAUGGCCAGCAAGAAGAGCCUGCAGGUGGAGAUAGACACGUACCAGGGUAUACUGAAGCAACGGCAGCGCGCGAUAGCGGACGUAAAUGCCGGUUACAAGAAGCUGAGCGCCGAGUACACCGAACUCGCGCAGCAGUAUCAGAGGGAGAAGCAAGAAAUGCGGAAUGCGAUGAAAGACUUGCAAUCGCACAUCCGGUCUAUCGAUACGGCGCAAGACGCGUUGGACGGAAACUCGACGGGCAGUCCGACAGACAUGUCCAUGAUGUUGGAGGCGACCGAAGACGAGUUGCGAAACACCAAAGCCGAACUGAAGACGCUGGAGCAACGCCUGAUGGGCAACGAAAUGGCCAGGAUGUCGAUGGAGAACACGCUGAGCAAGCAGCGCGUUCUGAUCUCGUCCAUGGAGGAGAACAUGCAGAAGUCCGAGACGGAGAGAAACGAGACCGCCGAUCUGUUGCGGAAAACCCAGUUCGAGAUACAGAAGCUGAGGUCCGAGAACGAGACGCUGCAGACGUCGUUAUUGGCGUCCAAACGGGAGCAAAGUCAAGUGGAGGACGCGAUAUCUCAUCUGCGACUGCAGCUGACCAAAAUGAUAGCGCAUUACAAGCUGUUGAAAUCUAAGAACGCGGAAUCCGAGGAGAAACUGAGUACCAUGCAGGACCUCGCGAACGAAAAUAAACGCUUGAAGACUUUGUCGUAUAAAGCGAACAGUGCUCUGUUUAAGAAACUCAGAGAAGAGAAGGCUAAGACGAGGAAUCUGGAGCAGAAAUUCUACUGCAAGCAGACGAACGAUCAACUUGGCAUUAUGAAGAAUAAAACGGAACAUUCUUUGCGAGAAUACCUGAAACAAGUUCUGUCGAAAAACAAGGAUUUACAGGACCAACUAAAAUCGAUAACUAGAGUAGCCGACGAAAGUAUUGACGAAGGAUACGGUGACAGCAAUAGUAUUAACACUUCCUCGAACUCGCUCGACGUACCGUCGCCGUCUCCUGUAAACUCAGUAUUAUUGAACAACGCUGUCGACGUUCUCGCGCGAAGCAAAGACUUUGGUUCGUCGAUGCAAAAAGAGCUAAACGCGCUUCGAUCGAAGAUGGAGACGCUGCGAAACCAAUGCGACAUGUUGAACGAGCAAAAAGAUCAUUCCGGUGUCAAUGACAUAACUCGUCCAAGAGAUUCUACGUAGUUCGCGACUUAUUUCUUGUUCGUGAAUAUGCGAAUAGAAUAUACGCUUAGUAAGUAAUUACACCUUCAUUUUGUACGAUAUAUUUACAUAUAUCGUAUUUAAUUGAAUUUAAUUUUAGGAUCAUAUAUAUGUGGCAAAAUAUACACUGAAUAUAGGUAUUACUAUAUACAGAUGUUUAGAUAAUAGUAUAAACGACAGUAUUCGUUGAAGUGUGUAAAAGAAGGUUGUAAAAUGACAUUAAUAUUUAUUUGUUAUUUCUGGACAUAUUAUAUAUAACUGUUAUUUAUCAUUAUUUAUCAUAUAUUAUAUAUUUAUUCCCACUUUCGUAUUCGACACUCGAUUUAUAAUAUUGAAAUCGGUUAAAAAAUGCGACUAGGUAAUGGAAGAGAAAUCUAUCAACAUUAUUUUGCAAAUAAGUAUAAAUAUAAACAGUAAUACUUAUCACAAUCACAAAACUGCGUAAAGUGCCACGCGCGCAAUAGUUGUGUAUUAUAUAAUACUUAUUCUAAUAUAUGAAACAUGGCUGUAAUACAAGUGUCAAUAUUACAAAAUAUGACAUGGGGGUAUUUAUGUUAUCGUUAUCAAAGAGAAAUUUUAAAGACGUACGCUAAUUUCGAAAAAAAAACUUCUACAAAGAUGUACGCGACCUGUACGAAUAUUUUUUUAUUGAAAAUAAAAUGUGCAGAAUAAGUUAGAACGCGUGCGACAUACGUCGUCUUAUCCAUGUACUUAUAGCUACUGGAACAAAUGAAGAGAAGAACACUGUAUUCUUUUGCAUUUCGUAAUAUAGCAUUUGAAGGAGCGCAAUAAAGUUGCUGAUCUUCCACUCGUAAGCUUAAGAAUUCAUUCGACAUUUUAACUUAUUACGAAAACACACCAUAAAAAUGUGAAUUACAUCGAUCCCGUUUAACAAUAGAUAUAUAAUUACAUAUAUAAUAUGUAUUAUAACAGUGUUGGGACAUUACCGUGAAAUAAUUAAUCUCGACUUUGUAUCAUAUUGUUUUCAUAAUUCGGUGCGAUUAAACGCACUGAAAAUAUGUCGACAGAGAUUUAAAUAUAUGUAUAUGUUAUUAGAA